AUGAGCAGUGGCCUUCGAAAUUGUUCGAAAGUUCUGAAAAGAAAUGACAAUUCAACUAGUACGAUAGCUACCACCUCUAGUACUGUUACUGUUGCUGCUACUGCUACUACUACUACUACUACUGCUGCUAUUAAUGCAACUACAAAAACAAAUCCUCUUGGUACAUCGGUAAUUAGUGAACCAAAAAAGCGUGGACGUAAACCUGCACUAAGUCGUCCAAUGCUAAUACCGGCAGCGAUUAAAGAAAGUGUAGUGAAUGGUGAUAAUCACGAUGGUAGUAGUGUCACAAUAGUGGACAGGAUAACAGAACACAGUAGAACAAUGAAUAUUUCUAUAACUGAUAAAUGUAAUGAUCAACAAUCAUCUGCUGUUACGACUACUACUACGACUACAAUUGUCAGUAGUACUGCUAAUGUUACGGAUGAGAGUGAAUUGUUCUUACCGAAGGUUUGUGAUAAUAUCACUCACUCUACUCCAUCCGUUGCAGCCAUGAAUAAAUCUGAUGGAAACAUACCUUUGGCGUCCAUUGACAGUGGCAUCGAUUCAUGUGUCGAUGUGGAUCACGAGAUGAAAGAUAUGGAGACAUUGCGCGACGAAGAAGCUUCACCUAGUGAGAAUUGUAACGAUGACUUCGCUGCUGUGCCACAAUCCAGAGGUUCUGUUCAUUAUGAUCUUAUCGUUUGCGGUGAUUGUCAUGCAGAAUUUUCGUUAUCAACAUUCGUGGAAUUCGUUGAACACAAGAUUUCACGUUGUGAUAAGCGGACGCCAUUAGACGAGUUCCUUUCAAAUAUAUCACCUGCUCAUCCAUCCAGUGAAACUCUCCGACCAGGUCGUCGACGAAUUCUGGUCAGUUGUCAUCAUUCAUCUGCAGAUUUGAGUGAUUCAUCUCGCUGCGGUCCAUCUUCAUCUGGAAAUGAUCAAAGUGCUUCGUUUAUGUUGACAGCUGGUGAAGGUCAAGAAAAGCAUAACAAUAGGGUUGACGCUACAACAGACACAGAUACUUUAGAUACAAAACAAAGUAAUGUGUCUUUGAUUGGCGGAGGAUCGUUAACCUGUCACUCUUGUAAACAUGUAUGCAGUGAUGUUUGGAAUCUACUAAAACAUGUAUUUAUUGCCCAUGGCCUUCGUAUUUGUGAGGAAGAGAUGCCGUGUAUGUCUCGGAUGGGACUACCAAAAUCGACAGUAAUUACUUCAUCGUUAUCUUCAUCAUCAUCAUCAUCAUUAUUAACACCGAAAACAUCAAUGCAUCCACCGUCUCUCACAUUUGCAUCACCCUUCAACACUUCCACUACAAAAAGCAAACUAAACGGUAAAGGUGGCUUCAGUUUGAAUGCAUUUUGCUCUGAACGGUUAAAAGAGAUCGCUGAAAAAGCAGGAGAACCGUUGACUGAUUUAUGUCAUGUAGUAAGCCCAACCGUGAUAUCGUCUAGAACUAAUGAACACCUAAAAACUAGCACCAUUAAAAGAACACAACAAUCAGAGAAUACCGAUGAUGAGCAUUCAAGUAAUGGCAUCGCAUCAACGACUGCUUCAACUGCACCAUUUCUUCCCGGUUCAGCUCUCAGUAAUGUUUCCAGUUCACUUACUGCUGCCACAUUAGCUGCAGUUGCUUUACAACAACAACAACAACAACAACAACAACAGCAACAGCAACAACAACAACAACAACAUCCAUCCUUGCAGAAUUUAUGGAUGCAACCAAAUAUACCCAAUAUGCUGGCCCUAAUGCAGGAAUAUUAUGCACAAUUCUCAUUGAAUAAUGCUGCAUCUUAUUUGCUUGGUGCUGGUAGUCCGUCAGUUACUCCCGCAAACAGCAAUGGGAGUGCUUUUAAUGCGAUCACCAAAAUCACAAGUAGUCCUGAAGAACCGUCACCUGUGGCACCAAAUUCGGCAGCACAGUCACUUGGAUUAGCUGGUUUUGGUAGGACCGAUACCGCAACGCAAGAUCAACUUUCCAGUCCAGCUGUAAAGCAAGGGCCUUGGAAUGGUUUAGGGACAUUUGGGUGCAAAAGACAACGGUUGUUCAAUAAUGGUUCGGAAACGUUGUCACCAUCUGGAGCUCCGUUGCAUAGUAAAAUGUCAAGGAUGGAUGAUGAGAGCAAUGAGGAUACAAAAUCGACUCUGUUAAAUGUUGUGGACAGCGAUGAUUUAGCAUUCGCUGAGCCAGCAGCACGUCGUGAUACAAGUGCUAAAAAGGAUCGCUGCACAUUUUGUUGCAAAGUUUUCACGAAUCGUUCCAAUCUGAUUGUCCAUUUGCGAAGUCAUACUGGAGAAAAGCCAUACAAAUGUCGUCUGUGUUCGUAUGCUUGCGCACAAAGUAGUAAAUUAACUCGGCAUAUGCGAACUCAUGGCCAACAAGGAAAGGAAACUUAUCAUUGCAACAUUUGUCAAAUGCCAUUUUCGGUACAUUCAACACUCGAGAAACAUAUGCGGAAAUGUGUUGUUGCAAAUAAUCAUAAUCGUGAAAAUAAUCGACAAUUUUCUCCCACUGAAGCAACAAGCACAAUAGACAGUCCGAACAAAGUAAUGACUGCAGCAGCAUCAACACUUGCUGAUGCAACAUCACUCCUUGCAUUUUCCAGUGUGUCUUUAAAUGGUUCGCAGUUACCAACAAAUAUCACUCAGAGCAAUAAAAUCGUCCUUAACUGGUUACAGGCAAUGAAUGUUAAUCGAAAUCCAACUUCAGCACCAACAAGUGGUGCUGGUAUUGGUCCUGGUGAUGGACAUCGUAUUAGUAAUAAUGGCGCAGUGCUUCCUACAGGGAAGGAAGACAACAGGGGUAUAGGUGGUGCUGCUGAAGGUGGUGAGGAUGAAGAAAUGAUAGUUGAAGAAUGUGAAUCAUUUUCUGAUAUGCAAAAAACUCUUCUGAAACAGGAGACUGCCGCAUUGUCAUCAUGA